AUGUCCCAUCCCAGCCCCAAGGAGCACAAAAACAACCCCCUGGGUGCCCGCAUCGAGAUCCCGCCCGUCACGGCCAACAUCACGGGAGGUCUCGACUCGCCAGUGACGUCCUUUGCUAUAAGCGAGGAGACUAAAGUCGCUGAGGAUGACUUUGCUGCUGGCAUCCCUGAUGGCGGAUUCAGAGCCUGGCUCGUGGUCGUUGGCGGCUUCUUGGAUUUCGCUAUUGCUUUUGGUCUUGUAAACUCUUUUGGAACAUUUCAAGCUCGCUAUGAGAGCGAGUGGACUUGGCUCUCCACCUCAACCAUCACUUGGAUUGGUAGCAUUCAGCUCUUCAUUCUCUUCCUCGGUGGCGCUGUCGUCGGUCCCAUCUUUGACAAAUACGGCUCUCGCGCCCUCAUGUUUUCUGGAACUGCCGUCUGUCUGCUUUCUUUUAUUUGCUCCAGCUUUGCUACUCAGUUCUAUCAAUAUCUAUUGGCUCAAGGAAUCUUGCUUGGAAUCGGUAAUGCGUUGCUCUUUUACCCUGCUACUGGCGCCAUCUCAGAGUGGUUCAACCACAAACGAGGUCUCGCCCUCGGCAUCGCCCUCUCAGGCUCCUCCGUAGGCGGCAUCUUCUGGCCCAUCAUCAUCAACAAGCUCUUCACCGUCGUCUCCGCCCCGUGGGUGCACCGCAUCAUCGCCCUCAUCUCCAUCCCCGUCCUCCUCGCCGCCUGCUUCCUCGUCACGGAGCGCAAGGACGCCGCCGGCCAUGACACCGAGGGCAACCGCGUCAAGCCAUCGGAAAAGAACAGCAGCAGCAUCCGCAAGGCCGUCGUCGAGGGGCGCUUCUUCGCCCUCUGCCUGUCGCUCUUCUUCAUCUACGGCGGCAUGCUCAUCCCCUUCUACUACAUCCCGCUCUUCGCCAUCGAGCACGGCGUGGGCGCCACCAUGGCCAACAACCUCCUAGCGAUUGGAUACGCCGGCUCCGUCGUCGGCCGCGUGGGAAGCGGUUGGAUCGCGGACCGCUUCGGCCGAUUUAAUGUUUUAUUCAUAAUGGGCGUCUUGACCGCCGUAAUCACCUUUUGCUGGGGCGCCAUGACCACGCUCAGCGGCAUGAUGGCCUUUGCCGUCCUCUUCGGCCUCUUCUCCGGCGGCCUCAUCCCUCUGGGCUCGGCCUGCGUCGCACAAACUACCCCAGACAUGGGCCACAUUGGCCUACGCAUCGGCUUCAUGAUGGCCUUUGCAUCGUUCAGCGCUCUGUCGGGCGGCCCUGCCAGCGGUGCCAUCAAAGACGCGACCAUCUCCUGGUUCGCCGUCUUUUCCUUUUCCGCCUCGCUUACUCUUUUCGGAGCACUGAUGCUCCUUGGAGUGCGACUGUGGUGGCAGCCUUUGGGAGGAAAAGCCAUCUUCUAA